AUGAUAAAAAUCGAUUGUAUGACAAAUAGUGUAAAUCAAUUACAAAUUCUUCGAACCAGAUUCUCUAUAAUGUCUCACUUUUCACCCAAAAACCUUGGUACUUUUAAAGUACUUGAAAUACAUAAUGAACCUAUAAAGUUACCCUCCAGGAGUGAAGAUUGUGCUAAUUUUAAAGCUGCACUUAAUGAAUUUAAAAAUUUUGCUCUGAUAGAAAUUCCUGUUUACAUGAAUAGUGAAGAGAUUCAUACUGGUCGAAUCAUUAAACAAAGAAUUCUUUCUGAACAUAAAAAGAUAUUAGCUAAAUAUCAUGAAGCUGAUUCAUCAAUUGUAGAAAAAGCUAUUAAAAGUACUUUGGCUAUUAAACCUAUUUGA